AUGGAUAUUAGGAAAAAGUGUUUUACAGCAAGAAUGAUCAGAAACUGGAAUGAUCUGCCCGGGGAGGUGGUGGGGUGACCAUCCCUGGAUGUGUUUAAAAAAAGAUUGGUUGUUGGUACUCGGUGCCAGGGUCUAGUUGAGGUGUUAGGACAUGGGUUGGACUCGAUGAUGUUGAAGGUCUUUUCCAUCCUGGUUAUUCCGUGAUUCUGCCUGUGAUGCCGCAAAGCGAGGGGCAGGCGGGACACGGGGCCGGGACACGGAGCCGGGACACGGAGCCGGGACACGGAGCCGGGGCACGGAGCCGGGGUACGGAGCCGGGGCACGGUCCCAGGACACAGCCAGAGCCGCCCUCAGGGCUGCCGAACUCUGGCAAGCGAGCGCUCGUUUUCUGUGAAACACAGAAUUAACGGAGCUCGCGAGCGCGGGGAAGGAGCGGGCGCGAGGGGCGGGCGGUGUUUGGUGUGUCCCGUUACCGCCCGCUCCGGCCGUGAGGGCGGGCGGCGGCCCGAGGUGGCCGCGGUGUGGGACAGGGCCGGGGCUUGGGCCCCCCAAGGGAUCCGGGGCAAGGGGGCUGCCCGGUAACCUCAGUGUUACCGCGUUGUAGGAAGAGACACUUGGAACACCCAGCGUCCGAGAUGACUGAACCAGAAUCUCAGGAAGGAAACUGUGCUAACAGGAGAGAGGAUGCAGAGAAGUUUAAAAUGGACAUGAAAAAAUGUGUGCAGGAGAUGGAAAGACUAACAGUGCGUAUGGGCCUCACAGUCUAUGACUGCGUAACCAUCCAGACCAACCCAGAGCUGCCCAAGGCUGUGCAGCACUUGGAAAAUGUCUUCCUGAUGUGCAAAGAGCAGAUACAGAAGGGCAAAAGUUGCUAAUGGAAUCUAGAGGUGAAGGGCAAAAAAAGGAAUAAAUUGAACUCGGUCAUGGUGGCAGAAUGACAUUCCUUGGAAAAUUGCUUAGGUCCUUUUUUCUCCAGCUGGGGAGGUUUCACAGGAACUGUGGGAAAUGGAUUGGCUUUCUCUUGCUAAGAACUACUUAUUUGAGAGUGUUUGUGGAAGUACUUUAAUGAGAUUAUAUAGCUUUGUAUAGAUGAGGGUAAAAGACAGCAGUGCGUGCAUUUGCACCAUGCCCAUCAAUAAUCCUUGUAGUGUUUGUACACAAAAUUGACACACCCUCCGUCCUUUUCCUUAGAAGAUCAUACUCACUCUGUGGUCAAUGUAAUUGAAAUUCUUUGAGACCUGAAGAAAUUGGGGGGAUGGAGAGCAGGGGUGCUGUAGAGGACCACCACAGUGGCAUUGCACUAGCCCGUUCCUUUCAGAGAGAACUGAAGAAUUGCUUGUUUUCUCAAAUGAAACACAGGUGAAAUUCUAGAUUUGCAUAUAGAUUGAGUUGGUUGUAUUUAGGAUUAUCAUCUAAGUGUUCAAUUACAUAGUUUUAUUAUUUAGAUAGAUCAGCUAU